AAUUCGUGGCUUGAAAUCCCCAACCCCAACUCUCACACUCUCUCCUCUUUAAAACAAUUUGAGCUUGGAGAAUAGAAUGUGCGAUGAUUUAAAGAGUUUUAUCCCCAACUCUCACAAUCUCUCCUCAUUGGAAACAAUUUGAGCCUGAAGAAGAAAACGUGUGACGAUUUAGAGAGAUUUAAGUAGAUAGAUCAUCCGAUACAUUUUAUGUUUCUAUUAGUAAAUCAAAGAUUCAAUCACUGAAGAAAGCAAUUUGACGAUUCUCGAGGAAGAACGAUGACACAAACCCGGAGCAAUAGCAGUAAGCCUGCGAUCAUCUCGGAAGAACAACAGACCAACACACACACAAACACUUACACUGAGAGUAGCGAAACCCUAGCUGAGAAGGAACCCGAAUUAAUGGUGAAGAAACGAGUUCCAGAUUGGCUCAACAAUUCUAUGUUGUCUUCUCCAGCCCCUGUCGUAUCUCCGCCGUCGAAAUCACGAUCCCAAUCGCCGCCUCCGCCUUCUUCGUCGCACCACGAUCUCCUUGGCAGUUACACUUCCAAAUCCUCCUCCGUUUAUUCCUAUAAUUCGUCUACUGUGAUUCAACCGCCUGUUCCGAUUCCGCCUCCCACUUUUAUCAGGCCCGAACCUCCGACUAAACCCGCACGCACCCCGAGGACGGAUUUUAGGGAUCCAUUGACACGUAUCAGCGAUAGUGAUAAUGACAUUAGUUCUUCUGUCGAAGACGCUUCUCGCCAAACCAAUCUCAUACAAGCGCUUUCGAGGAAGAUUAUAAACAUGCGAGAACUGCGUCGACUUGCUUCAGAGGGGAUUCCGGAUGGUGCUGGCAUUCGUUCAACUGUAUGGAAGCUGUUGUUAGCUUAUCUUCCCUGUGAUAAGGCGCUUUGGUCCUCAGAGUUAGCUAAGAAGAGGUCUCAAUACAAUCAAUUUAAAGAGGAUUUUUUGAUGAAUCCAUCAGAAAUCACAAGGAAACUGGAAGACUCUGCAUCUCUUCAAAAUGGUGAAAACACAAGUGCAGGCAAGGGUUUACUUCCAAGGUCAGAAAUACCUCAUGGAGAGCACCCUUUAAGCUUAGGGAAGACUAGCGUUUGGAAUCAGUUCUUUCAGGAUACUGAAAUUAUUGAUCAGAUAGAUCGUGAUGUGAAACGCACUCAUCCAGACAUUGAUUUUUUCUGUGGCGACUCUGCUUCUUCAAAAGCCAAUCAGGAUUCUUUGAGAAAUAUACUGAUUGUAUAUGCAAAGCUGAACCCAGGGAUACGAUAUGUGCAAGGGAUGAAUGAAAUAUUGGCCCCUUUGUUCUAUGUGUUCAAAAAUGACCCUGAUGAGGAUUACUCUAGGAAUGCUGAAGCAGACACAUUCUUUUGUUUUGUGGAGUUAUUAAGUGGGAUUCGCGAUAAUUUUGUUCAGCAACUUGAUAAUAGUGUUGUUGGCAUCCGUUCAACCAUCUUAAAGCUGUCACUCCUCUUGAAGGAACAUGAUGAAGAGCUAUGGAGACAUCUUGACAUCACCACAAAAGUGAACCCACAGUUCUAUGCAUUUAGAUGGAUCACUCUUCUGUUGACACAAGAAUUCAUUUUCACAGACAGUCUUCACAUAUGGGACACCCUGUUAAGUGACCCUGAAGGUCCACAAGAGACAUUGUUACGCGUUUGUUGUGCGAUGUUGAUUCUUGUGAGGAGGCGUUUGCUUGCUGGUGAUUUCACAGCCAAUCUGAAGCUACUUCAGAGUUAUCCAUCGACAACAAAUAUAAGUCAUUUGCUGUAUGUAGCCAACAAACUGCGCUCUCAUCAUCAUUCGUGAUUCCAUACAUUUUCUAGUCACACUGUGUAAAUGGUACCCAAUUGUACACCCAACUAAAAGUACUAUACAAUUAUCAAUCAGGAUACACGUUUUAUUUUUUGCUUAA